AUGCCUUCCUUCAGUGCUGUCUCCGCCGCUGCCAUCCUGGCCUUCUCUGGCAUGGCUUCCGCCAUCCCUCAGUACAACUUCGGUAACUCCACUACCGCCUCUCCCGCUGCCUCUGGCCGCCCCAUCACCACUGCCCCCAGCUCUGGUGCUGGCCGUCCUGGCUCCAACUCCACCACUCCCGUUGGUGGAUCCAACUCUACCGUCCCUGCUCUUGACGGCAAGUUCUGCCCUGGUCUCGACCUUUCGCUCUACAUCGACAACUCUGGCUUCACCUACCAGAUUCAGUGCGAUACUAACCACUUCGGCGUCCAAAUUGAGAUCACUGGCAACUUCACCCUCGCCAGACGUGCUGUUCCUUCCAGCCUCGAUGACUGCUUGAACCUCUGUGACGCUACCAACACCUGUGUCGGUACCGCAUUCGACACUGUCGCUCGUACUUGCACUCUCUACAGCGAUGUCCAGGCUGCCUACUCUGCUCAGGGUGUCCAGUUCGCCCAGCGUGUCGCCAACGGCAAUGGCAAUGGAGCCGGCAACGGCAAUGGAGCUACCACCAUCUCUGCUGGUGGCCUCGCAACUUCAACCAUCUACUCGACCAACGUCGUCACCAUCGCUUCGUGCGCACCUACCGUGACCGACUGCCCUCUCAGAAACAACGGUGGCGCUGUCGUGACACAGGUUAUCCCCGUCUCUGAGACCGUCUACGUCUGCCCCACUGCCACUGUCAUCCCUGCCGCUCCCAUUGCCUGCAACAGCUGCCCUUACACUGCCUCCACCGCCACUGUCUACUCUGCCACCGGCGGUGCCAUGGUCCCUGUUUCGACCACUGUUUACGCUUGCCCCCAGGCUACUGGUACCACCGUCGUUGUUGAGGUCUGCACUGCUUGCGCUGCUCAGACCACUGGCCCUGCCGUCAACACCAAGACUCUUACCCUCACCAACCCUGCUGGCAACGUCCAGACCGUCACUGUCUGCAACGGCGAGCACUGCCCUGCUGCUGCCACCGGUGCCAGCACCUCCAGCAUGGCCAAGUACACUCCUACCACCUCCCAGAUGGCCAUGUACACUGGUGCUGCCUCCAACGUCAAGGCCGGUAUGGGCUUCGCCGGUAUGGUCGCUGCUGCUGCCCUCGUCCUCUAA